AUGGGCGCCGCCACCACCAACGACUUGAUGGACGCGGAGCGGCGGGCGCUGCUGGACUUCAAGGCGGCGGUGACGGCGGACCCGUGGGGUGUGCAGGCAUCAUGGACGCCCAUGAGGGACCCCUGCAACUUCUUCGGUGUGACCUGUGACGCGGGAGCCGUGACGUGGCUGCGCAUUAACGGCACGGGGCUGGCGGGCACGCUCACGCCCUCCCUAGGGCGCUUCCCUGCGCUCGAGUCCGUCUUGCUCUUCGGCAACGCACUCACGAGCGGCGUCCCCUCCAGCUUCCGUGCGCUCGCGCCCAUGCUCCACAAGCUCAACCUUAGCUGGAACACGCUCGAUGGCGAGAUCCUGCCGUUCCUCGGUGCCUUCCCAUGGCUCCGCUUGCUCGACCUCUCCUACAUCCGCUUCGCCGGCGGGAUCCCCGCCGCGCUCUUUGACACUUCCCUCCGCCUCCGCUACGUCUUGCUCGCGCACAACAACCUCACGGACCCCGUCUUGCCCAGCAUUACCAACUGCUCUCGCCUCGUUGGCUUCAACUUCUCCUACAACCACCUCUCUAGAGAGUUCUCUGACCAGGUCUGCACUCCGCCGAAGAUGAACUACAUCUCCGUCCGGAGCAACGCGCUCUCCGUAGAUAUAGUCGGCAAGCUCACCUCUUGCGGCAGCAUUGACCUCUUGGACGUCGGCAGCAACAAGUUCUCCGGAGCCGCGCCCUUUGCACUCCUCGGCUCGGUAAACAUCACCUACUUCAAUGUCUCCUCUAACGCCUUUAACGGCGAAAUCCCCAGCAUUGCAACAUGCGGCACUAAAAUCUCAUACUUGGACGCGUCCGACAACCGGCUCACGAGGCCGAUGCCGGAGUGCAUGGUGAAUUGCCGUGGCCUAAGGGUUUUGGAUUUGGGGGUGAAUGCUCUUGCUGGAGCUAUAUUGGGACACUGCGGUCGCUCUACGUUCUCCGGCUCGUGGGCAAUUCUGGCAUUUUUGGUCUGA